GGGGAGUAGGAGACAUACUCCUGCAGUCUGGUGGCGUCGUGUGGAAUUAGAGCAUCGACAUGAUACAGGUUUUGCUUCCCUUAUUUUGUGCUCUGUGUUUGGCGGACUCUUCCGCUCCAUUUUACAAGAUCAAUCCAGAUGGCAGCAGAUUACUUCAAUAUGAGGCUGGAACUUUAGCCAGAAGGAAUUUCCGAGAAGAAGUCACUAAUCCAGAUGGAAGCGUUGUAGGAAGGUAUGGUUUCCAUGACCCAACAGGACACUUGCACGUUGUGCAGUAUCAUUCAGGUAGUCAUGGUUAUGUUGCCAAGGGAGAUGCCGGUGUUUAUUACGGUAGCACCGAAGAAUUAGGAACGACGGGUGAGAGAAAAAAAGAUGAAGAAGUUGUAAAGGAGGAUGAAAUGAAAGAUCAAAAGCAGGAAGGAAGCAUUAUAGAAGAUGAUGAUUCGAUGGAUGAAGGAGAAAAUGCAAAAAAAGAAAAUGCUAUCAAUGAAGAUGCAACAGAGGAUAUGGAAAAAGAUACAAAAGACAAAGAAACUGAUGCUGUGGAUAAAAAAGAAGAGACAAAAGACAAAGAGGAUGAUGCUGUGGAUAAAAAAGAAGACGCAAAAGAUGCAUCAACCUCUGAUGAUGAAAAAACAGUUAAAGAUGAAAUGAAGGAUGAAAAGGAUAAUAAAGACAGCGAAAAUGAUCAAUCCAAUCCUGAAGAACCAUACGAGAAAGAUCCAGAAAUUACUGCACUUUUCCCAAUUCCUGAAUAUGGCCGCAGACGUUUAACGAUUGGUCAGUCUGAUAAAACAAAAGAUGAAGAAGAAGAAAGUAGGUUUUAUAGUUCUGGUCACAUCUUCAACGUCCCACUAUCUUCUGGUUUUCCUAAGUGGUACGAUCCUCGAAACCAACCCCUGACUUGGCCUCAUCCAAUUUUCAGACUUCAAGAUUCAUCUACUGGUCAGUACGUUCCAUUCGAACACCCGUGGAUCCUCGAAAAAUCCGGUUCUAAGGAGAAAGACUUGAUUCCAAAUACUUAUCCUUUUAACUAUGUUGGAUCCCUCAAAAAAGAAUCCACGAGCCAGGUCAAAUCCGAUGGUGCAGUAACGACAACAACCUUCCAGUACGCUCACCCAUCUCACUUCUACUACCCACAGCCUAUUCUCCCUUUCGUCCACAGACCAAAAAAAUCACCUUUUCUAGUUCCCGGGUAUUCUUUGUAUGCUUAAAACUCAACUUGUUACUUUCCAGCGAAUGUAUGCCUUUCUUGUUAACUAACCUUCUAAUACGUUCUCGUCUAUAACUACAAGAGUUCUGUAAAAAUUAAAAAGAGAAAGGGAUUCAAACCCGCCGCUAUCCUUGUUAUCAAAUAGAUGCUUUAUGAAACUCAGGUACCGGGUUUUAAGGUAUCGGGUUUACGCCACACCAGCAUUUGGCUGUGCUAAUUAACUGUUAUGAAAUAAAACCUUUUUUUUGCCAACUUUUUAUUCGAGAAAAACCAAUGAAGUGAGAUACGAAAUAUUACUAGUAAGCAUGAUCAAUAGUUCGAAUCCCGAUCGGUUUUAGUUUUUUACGCUCUAAACAAAAACGCUAUAAUGAUAGUAUUAAUGUCAAAUACCGCUUUAGUUUAUCUGUAAUUUUUAUGUAAUCACUUAAAAUGAUAAUGGAUUGUCUUCUUUAAAUCAAUUUGAUUAAUAAUGUGAUUGAUUUCUGAUCGAUUUUAUCGACGAGGUCGUCUGUAAUUGGCUUAUUGAAGAUUUUGAAGUAAUGCGUCAUAAGUAUCCAAAAGUAUUUUUUCAGGACCAGUUUUUUAA